AUGGAAGAAGGAUAUGAUUGGGACCAAAUUAGCAACUUCCAAAUAGUGGAUGGAAUGAACAUUUCAAGUUCAUCAUUAUUAGACGAUGAAUUGCUUAUAACAUCGCCUGAUUCUUCAAAUAGUGGUAAUAGCGUUUCAUUGGAUCAAAAAGAAUUCUCUAGACAGAUUUGCUCACCACUUUCCCAAUUUUUGGUUGGUUCUGACGGUCCCAAUUCAAAAAACGGAAGUCAAAAACACUUUUCACAACACCAACAUAGCAAUAUUCCCAAUAGUAAUGGUGAAGGUAACUUUGGCUUAAAUAAUAACCAUUCAUCAUUAGUUGGAGAUUCCCAACAUUAUGGAAUUCAGACGGGACUAACAGGCUCUGGAGCUAACAUUAGAGAUAAUUCUAUAUACAAUAAUGGAUAUCAACUCAAUGAUACUGAUAAGAUUACUACCACUGAAAAAGAAUUUACUAAGCGUAAACGCCCAUAUAAUAGUGGCAAUAAUAGCAGUAACAAUAUUAAUGUCAAUGGUGGUUCUUCAAAUAGAAUAGGUGGUAGCUGUACUCAAAACGGUUUAUCAGGAAUAGGUAGAUCCGUUAUAGGUAUUGGUGGUAUUGGAACUGGCGUUGCAAAUAACUCAUUAACCAAAACUCCAAGUAAGACUCGUACUAGAAAAGUACGAGAAGCUUCUGAGGAAUUUGGAAAUGCUUCAGGUGGAUCAUCAACGAAUUCAAAAUCUGGUUACUCUUCUAAUACAGGAGAAGGAGGUUGUUCGUUCAACUCAUCAUCGAAUAUUACUGAAGAUCUUAACUCUGUUAAGUAUUAUGAAGGAUUUAAGCUGCCUCUUGGAGACCUUGGACGAAAGAUGCUUCUUAAGAAAUUACGUGAAAUACAUACUCAAAAUCCUACAAAAAUGGAGAAGGCUCUUACUGAUCAUGGUUUAUCUUACACUAGAAUUAGAUUUGCAAGCGUACAGCAACUCUUUAAAAUCUCUUAUGUAUGUGAUGUAUUUGAUUAUGCUCUGAGUAUACACUGUGAAUUUGGUAGGCCAAGACAUAGAGAUUCUUCAAAAAGUGUCCAACUUUCUUCAGUUAACUCAAAUUCAAAUUUAAUGUCCCAAUUGUCUCACUCAAAUAUUUCGUCAAGAAGGGUAUUAGAUUCCCAACAGCAUAACAGACUCGGAGGAACUGCAGUACAAGGAGGUGUUUCUGAUAAAUUUGAAUCGCAUUCUACUAUCAAUAAUGGAGGAGUUGUUCCAAGAGCUCAAGGACUUUUAGAUGAUUCUUCAAAAGGACUAGGAAAGCUUGACAAUGACUUGGAUACCUAUACUCCAGAAACAUCUCCAUGUAGCCAUAGAUCUUAUUCUUCAAAUAAGAGUCUCUAUUCAAAGGAUUCAAGCUUUAUUUCCAAUACACCUUUAAAUAAGAUUGACCAUGACAUUACUUCACCAAUUUCCAUAUUCUCUACCACAAGCGGUUCGCCAGCAUCCCAAAGAAAGAGAAGAGGAUCUGCAAAAUCAAACUAUAAUUUUUCACCUCCCCCUAUUCCUGUUACAAAUUCUCCACUACAAUCAGGAGUCCCAAAGGACAUUUCUUCUUUGAAUACAGAACUUUCCAGUUAUAUGAACAAUCAGAGCCUGUUAAAUUAUAGUUUAACUAACAACAAUAUUUCCAAUAAUAAUGUUAAUGGAAGCUCGUCCGUUUCAGGAUUCGGUGCACAAAAUGAUGUUUGUAAUAACCACUUUUCUGAACAACAUCAUCAACUUCACCACAAUAUACCACAUUAUAAUAAUGUAAGUAAUCACCUCCAAUCUGGAGGUCGAAUUCCCUCUCCAUAUCAUAAGAAACAUGAAGAGCAUGAUCCAUUAGAUUCCAUUGUCCCCAUUAAUACCGGCUCAGAUAAUGUUCUACAUAAGCCAGCAAAAAGACAAAAAAUCAGAUCCAAAAAAAAGAAUACUUUGGCAGAUAUUAGAAGUGACACUCCAACACAUACAAAUUUUAAUUAUACAAGUUCAAGCCAACCUGGAAUGAAUAAUAGCUCAAAUAUAUUCAAUUGUGGAGAUAUUGACGAGAUUUACUGCACUUCGACUAUUGACACUGAAAUUACCCCCUUCUAUCAACCUGAGUCCGAAACUGCUCAUCUUGGUGAAUUCGAUACAGCUCAUCAUCAAGAUUCAAUCCACUUCAUUUCCUCUUCUGAAUCGCAUGACCAAAAUAUUCCAAUUUGUUCAGCUUUUGGCUCUCCUUUUGAUUCUUCUUUAAUUAUCAGCUCUUUUGACACUGAAAGCUCCCAAAAUUCUGGAACCAUUACAUGUGAUAGCCCAACAUCAUUCUAUCUAUAUUCUCAAACAAAUGUCUCUUCCAAUUAUGACGAGUAUAUGGAUUCUCCUUGUCUAAAUGGAUUUCUUACUCAGGGCUUAAAUUCUAUAGAAAUGUUUAAUUCGAGCGAGCUUGAAAUGGACAACUUUGAUAUUGGAUGUCCUUUGAUUUCAAUUUAA